GGUGGCGGGCGGCGGUGCCGGGCGGGCCCGGCUGCGGGACGUAGACCAGAGCCAGCUGAGCCACGUAGUGCCGUGCCAUGUUUCGCAAUGCCCUAGGAAAAACCUUUCGAUUUCUCGGGUAUGCUGUGCAGUAUGGCUGCGUAGCACACUGUGCCUUUGAGUACCUUGGAGGAAUUGUUGUGUGUUCUGGACCUUCAAUGGAGCCAACAAUUCAAAAUUCUGAUAUUGUCUUUUCGGAGAACCUUAGCCGACACUUUUAUUCCAUUCGGAAAGGAGAUAUUGUAAUUGUGAAAAGCCCGACUGACCCCAAAUCAAAUAUCUGUAAAAGAGUAAUUGGCUUGGAAGGGGAUAAAGUCUGCACAAGCAACCCUUCAGAUUUCCUUAAGACUCACAGCUUUGUGCCUAAAGGACACGUUUGGUUAGAAGGUGAUAAUCUGAGGAACUCUACAGAUUCCAGAUGCUAUGGACCUGUUCCUUAUGGACUGAUAAGAGGACGCAUUUGUUUUAAGAUAUGGCCUCUGAAUGACUUUGGAUUUCUACGUGCAAGCCCCAACGGCCAUAGAUUUCUUGAUGACUGAAAGAAUUAAAUGACUGUUGCCAGCUUGCGAAAUAUUUUCUACUGAAACUAAUGGAAUUAUUUUUGUUUAGAAUAAACACAAGUGUUGCUUGA